AUGGGCAACGACACCGAAUCCCAACCAGACAACAUCUCGAUCAGCGCCGCUCCCGCCGCCACGGAAGCAGUUCCUGGCGGCGUCGUCGUCCAAGACCCGGACUCCGACAUACCAGACGGCGGAUACGGCUGGGUCUGCGUCGCCUGCGUCUUCUUCCUCAACGCCUGUACAUGGGGUAUAGCAGCGGCCUACGGCGUCUUCCUCUCCCACUACCUCACGCACUCGACUCACCCCACCGCCACGGCCCUCGACUACGCCUUCAUCGGCGGCCUCCAAUUCGGCUGUUCCCUCUCCCUCGCCACGCCCAUCACCCUGCUGACCCGGCGUCUGGGCAUCCACAUCCCCAUGGCCUUCGGCGUGGUGGUCCAAACCGCCGGCUACCUCCUCGCCUCCUUCACGACGCCGACGAGCGGCAUCUGGCAGCUCUACCUGACGCAAGGCGCGCUGGUGGGCUGCGGCAUCGGGCUGACGUACCUGCCCUCGGCGCCCAUCACCUCGCAGUGGUUCAGCGCGCGGCGCUCGCUCGCCAACGGCAUCGUCUCCGCUGGUUCGGGCAUCGGCGGCAUCGCGUUUUCGUUCGCGUCGGCGCGCGUCAUUGCGAGCCCCGGAGGCGGCGUGGCGUGGGCGCUGCGCAUGUUGGCCAUCGUGUCCGGCGGCGUGAACGUCGUCGCCGUGGCGCUCGUGCGCGGGCGGAAUGCGGAGGUGCGCGCGACGAUUCGCGGUUUCGAUGUCGCGCUGCUGCGGCGCGAGAAGGUGAUGCUCUUGCUUGGGUGGGCGUUUGUCAGCAUGCUGGGCUACAUGACGCUGCUGUACAGCCUGUCGGCGUACGGGCGCGACGCGCUGGGGCUGAGCGCAGGGCAGGCGGCGGGCGUGACGGCGUUUCUGAAUCUGGGGACGGCUGUGGGGCGGCCGGCGUUGGGGUGGGCGAGCGAUCGGUGGGGGAGAGUGGAGGUGGCGGGGGGAGCGACGGCGGCGUGUUCGGUGUUGAUAUUCGCUGUGUGGAUGCCGGCGGCGUCAUAUGGGGUGUUGGUGUUUUUUGCGGUGGUGAGCGGGACGAUUUUGGGGGUGCUGUGGAUGACUAUCUCGCCGUUGUGUGUCGAGGUUGCUGGACUGAAGGAUCUCAACUCCAUGUUGUCCCUGGCCUGGGCGACGACCGUCCUGCCCUGCACGUGUACGUUGAAGAAAAACAUGAAUGAUGAACGACAGCUGAACUUUUUCUAG